AUGAUGUUCCGAUUUCUGUAUUGUUUUCUAUUUAUUUCUUCAAUAAAAACGUGUCCAUUAAAAACGGUUGAUAUUCAAACGGGCUGCUAUUGUGGCAUAGAAAUAGAUGGUAGUAAUUACAUAAAUUGUCAACCGCAUUCAAUUGAGAAAAUACCUGAAUUCACACGUUCGUAUAUUCAUGACAAAUUAAAUUUAUCGAAUAAUUAUAUUGAAUAUUUAACUAAUACAUCGUUUCAUCAAUUGAAAGUGCAACGUAUUUAUCUUGAAAAAAAUCCAAUUAAAUUCAUUGACAAAGAAGCAUUUAAUACUAAUAUUCUUCAUUAUCUUGAAGAACUUUAUAUUGAUUCAAUAGGGAAUGGUAGUUUAGAAUUUCUCUGUUAUGGUACAUGGAAAAAACUUCGCAUACUUAAAUUAUCAAGAUUUAAUUUUAAUCAAUAUCAACAUUGUUUUGAUCGACUUAAUCGACUCGAAAAAUUAGUUAUUCAACAUUCACAAAUUAAUAUUAUUCCGUAUCAUAUUUAUCAACUUCCAUUUUUAUAUGAACUUUCGUUAGUUAAUAACGACAUUGAAUAUUUCAAUUUCGAUGAUCAAUAUUUGUCUUAUUCAUCAUCAAUACGAAUAUUAAAUUUAACAUCAAAUCAACUUCAAACAGUACCAAAUGAUUUAAAUAUACGUCUGCCACAUUUGAUAACACUUGACCUUUCAAACAAUUUAAUUGAAUCUCUACCGUCAAUAAAUGAAAUAACAAAAUUAAAUAUUAAUUUAAGUUUUAAUUUAAUUAAUUAUUUCGGAGUCAAUCAUAAUCUACAUUUCAUUGAUCUUUCAUUUAAUCCAAUAUGUACUAUGGAACAAACAACAGAUGUAUCAAAUAUAGUAAUGAAUGAUUUAAUUCAUCUUCAUUGUGAUUGUCGUUUAGCAUUUUUUCUCAAAAAAAAUUUAAUUGAUUUAUCAGAAUAUAUCGGCGAUAGUCAACCAUUUGGAAAUCAAACAAUGUGUGCAUCACCACAAAUGUUUAAAGGACAAUAUUUAAAAGAUUUAACAUAUGAACAAUUAAUAACGACAUGUUCAUCAGAGUUACCAGCGAAUUGUAAAGAAGUGACAAAUUUUGAAGAAAUUCAACAGUAUGUAAGAAAUUUCCUUGACACAAUAGAGACAAAUGAUAUUGAAACAGAAGAAAAAGCCGAUACUUCAACACAAGUAAUUGGAACAACAGAAAAACUUGACGAUGAGAAAAAUUCAAUAUCGCCUUUUCAGCUGACAUCAUUCAAUACAUAUUAUGAAAAUAAUGAUUUAUUAAUAUUCUGGAAUUUCGAUGCAAGUGUAUUAUCGAAUUUUUUUCUAAAAACAAAAUUUCAAAUAAUAAUCGAACAAGAAUUUCCAUCGAAAAUUGAAAUCAUUCGGCAAACUAAUUAUAUUUCACCGUAUCUUAAACAAUAUAUCAUUCCUAAUCUAUCACCAAAUAAAAUCUAUCAUGUAUGUUUAAUUAUAACACGAUUAUCCUAUGGCACUGAUAAAUAUUGUCGCGAAACCAAAACAACUACGAAUUCAACUUUGAUUCAAACAUUAGUUAUUAAUCGUUCGAUUGUUCUGGGCUUUCUCGUUGGUACUUUACUCACAAUAUGUUUUUUGAUAGUAUUAGCCUUUAUUUGUCAUUUGUACUAUAAACGAAAACAUUGCAAUCCAAGAUUUCAUCAACAACAGAAACAAAAGAAUUUUAUGUAUAUUGAUCGAAAUGAUAAUGAUGAAACAUAUUCGUAUUCAUUAGCCUCAUCGUCAUCAUUAAGAUAUCAUAAUUUGAGAAAAAAUCGUUAUAGAACGUAUUUAAAACCUGCUUCAUCAUGGUAUUAUCAUAAUUCAAGACAAUUAUCGCGUAUCCGAGCUUCACCAUGCUGUUUCUUGCCGUAUAAUGAUAGAACAUUUAGUAGUAGUCUAACAACGAAUCGUAUAACAAGUUUAUCAUCGGGUUAUAGUAAUGGCAUUGAUAAAGAACCUGUUACAUCAACAUCAAUUAUGAGCAAUACAAGUUUAGAUGAACAAAGUCAUGUUCUUCGAAGUUCUACUAAACAUGUUUAUGAGGAAGUAGGUGAUCAUAAUUUAUUUCGUUGA